AUGGCGAACCCGUACGAGAGCGGCGUCUCGGCCGACCCCUUCCGCGAGCAGCCGUACGCCUCUCCCGGCGCCGCCGUGCCGCCCGCUGGGUCCGCGCCCUCCGCUGUCCUCAGCAACACCGGUGAUCACCCUCACGGCUACGGCUCUGCCACGUACACGGAGGUCUCCAAGCAACUGUCGGACGCCAAUGCAGACAUGCCUCCAAUGCAGUUCUACGCCGGGGAUGGCAGCGGUACCCCACCGCUAACCACGAUGGCGCCCCUGCCGCCAACUGGACCUGCCGCCGCGGAGGCCGACGCCGCUGCGUCUUCCCAGACUACCGAAACGAGUAAGUUCUGGACGCUGCCCUUCUACCAGCAAUUCUUUGACAUCAACACGCGGCAGCUGUUGCUGCGCCUCAGCAACACCCUCAUCCCGAUAAACCCGCCGGACUUUCUGAUGGAUCGCAACUGGCACCUCAACGAAUCCGUUGGUGCUGACGGGGCUGGGGGGAUCGCGGAAGACACGACGCUUGAGGAGGCGGGGGUGGUGCUGUCCCGCAAGCCAGAUUUGUACGGCCCCUUUUGGAUCUGCACAACCCUCUGGAUGACCUUGGCGGUGGUCAGCAACAUCAUGAGCAGGAUUGCCUACACGAAAAACAACACUACAACGCAGCCGUGGAGGUACGACUUCUCCGUCGCUUCAGUCGCGUACGCCGUCAUCUACCUCUACUGCUUCGUCUUUGGUGCCGUUGUGUGGGGCAUUAUGCAGUGGAAAAACUUGCCCGCCACCCUCACCGACACCGUCUGCUUGUACGGCUACAGCAUGUUCAUCUUUGAGCUUGUGGCUAUCCUCUGCAUGAUCCCGUCUAGUACAGCACAGUGGGCCUUCGUCAUGUUCGGCGGCGCCUGGUCCACAACCUACCUGCUCAUCAACAUGUGGCACAUGUGGAAGACGACGCUGGAGCGGAACUGGUUUAUUGGCCUGGUGGUAUUCGUGGCGGCCUUCCACAUGGGCCUCACGCUCUCCUUUAAGUUCUACUUCUUUAACUACAAGCUGUAG